GGCUCCACUGUUCCAGGUCUUGGAGAGAGUCAAACAUGUCAAAGUGCGGGGAGGUACAGAGCUAACACAGGCUUUGCCGUUGGGAGCAAGGGCCACAACCUCUGCGAGCGUUUGCACUUGGAAAAAAAAAUCUUCCUCGAUUUGUCGGUUUAUCCGCACCAAAGCGAGAGUUAAGAGUCCGAGAUCCCUGCGCCUGACAGCUUCUCUCCAGCGAUCAUCUCAGCCCUGAGUAAGAGCAUCGACAUGGAUGACAAAAUCCCAAAGAAACAUGCAAUCUACGCUGUAGAAACCCAUGGCACCGAUGACUUAAGUAAACCGCCUCCUGAUGGCAAGGAGAAGAAGUACAAGGGCCUCUGGAAGAGGAAGAAGGCAGGCCGGAAUAUGGACGAUCUCAAGAAGGAGAUUGACAUUGAUGAUCACAAACUGACUGUGGAAGAACUUAUUGAUAAAUACGAAACAGAUCUUGUAACCGGUCUCACUAGUGCAAAAGCGGCAGAGGUUCUGGCCCGAGAUGGUCCCAACGUACUCACCCCUCCCAAAGGUACCCCUGAAAUUGUGAAGUUCCUCCGGCAGAUGAUCAGUGGCUUCUCACUCCUUCUUUGGGCUGGAGCUGUCCUCUGCUGGAUCGCGUAUGGAGUUCAGGUUUCUCAAGUGCCUGGUGUCCCCAGAGAUAACCUCUACCUUGGAGUGGUGUUGGCCGGUGUUGUCAUCCUGACUGGUUGUUUUGCCUACUUCCAGGAAGCUAAAAGCACUAACAUCAUGGCCAGCUUCCGAAACAUGGUCCCUCAGCAAGCCUUGGUCUGGAGAGAUGGAGAGAAGAAACAGAUUCUGGCCAGUGAGCUCGUUGUGGGAGACCUGGUGGAAAUCAAAGGUGGUGACCGGAUACCAGCAGACGUGCGGUUCAUUGCUGCCCAGGGUUGCAAGGUCGACAACUCCAGCCUGACAGGAGAAUCGGAACCCCAGAGCCGAUCCCCGGAACUCACUCACGACAACCCCCUGGAAACAAAGAACAUUGGCUUCUAUUCCACGACCUGCUUUGAAGGAACAGCCACAGGCCUUGUGAUCAGUACCGGUGACCAGACGAUCAUCGGCAGGAUUGCAUUUCUGGCCUCUGGAGUGGGCGACGAGAAGACACCUAUCGCCAUUGAAAUUGAACAUUUCGUGCACAUCGUCGGAGGUUUUGCUUGCUCCGUCGGGGUCAUCUUCUUCGUUAUCUCUCUUGGCAUGGGCUACAAUAUUAUGGAUGCCAUUGUCUUUCUCAUUGGUAUCAUUGUAGCUAACGUGCCAGAGGGUCUAAUCGCCACAGUCACAGUCAGUCUGUCGUUGACAGCCAAGCGAAUGGCAAAAAAGAACUGCCUGGUGAAAAAUCUGGAAGCUGUGGAGACCCUGGGCUCGACCUCCAUCAUCUGCUCUGACAAAACAGGAACCCUCACCCAGAACCGAAUGACGGUGGCUCACUUGUGGUUUGACAAUGAGAUUGUGUCGGCAGAUACCAGUGAAGAUCAAAAGAAUCAAAGCUUCGAUCAAAGCUCAGUCACAUGGAAACACCUGUCCCGGAUCGUGGCCCUCUGUAAUCGGGCCGAAUUCCUUGCCAAGCAAGAGAAUGUCCCCAUUAUGAAGAGAGCCGUAAUGGGAGAUGCUUCUGAGACGGCCCUCCUCAAAUUCUCUGAGGUCAUCUAUGGAAAUGUGAUGGCAUACAGAGAGAAAAACAAGAAAGUCUGUGAAAUCCCCUUCAACUCAACCAACAAGUUUCAGCUUUCCAUACAUGAAAUGGAUGACCCUCAUGACAAACGCUUUCUUUUGGUGAUGAAGGGGGCUCCAGAGCGAAUCCUGGACCGCUGUUCUACCGUCAUGUUAAAUGGCAAAGAGGUGCCGCUGGAUGACAGCUUUAAGGAAACCUUCCAGACAGCCUACAUGGAGCUUGGAGGAAUGGGAGAACGUGUUCUUGGUUUCUGUCACCUGUUGCUACCUGAGGAUGAGUUUCCUGACUCGUACCCCUUUGACAUCGAGAGCAUGAACUUCCCAACCACCAACCUCUGCUUUGCUGGCCUCCUGUCCAUGAUUGAUCCACCUCGGUCCACGGUGCCUGAUGCCGUCAGCAAAUGCCGCAGUGCCGGGAUCAAGGUGAUUAUGGUGACUGGAGACCAUCCCAUUACUGCCCAGGCAAUUGCAAAGAGUGUCGGCAUCAUUUCAGAAGGCAGCGAGACAGUGGAUGAAAUUGCCAGACGCCUGAACAUUCCCAUUUCUCAAGUGAACAAGAAAGAUGCCAGAGCAGCUGUUGUGAACGGAAUGCAGCUAAAAGACAUGACGGAUAGCGAUCUCGAUGAGAUCCUGAUGAACCAUGGGGAGAUUGUGUUCGCUCGCACUUCACCUCAGCAGAAGCUCGUCAUUGUCGAAGGCUGCCAGCGAAUGGGUGCCAUUGUUGCGGUCACCGGGGAUGGUGUUAAUGACUCCCCUGCACUAAAGAAAGCAAAUAUUGGCAUCGCCAUGGGGAUUGCUGGUUCUGAUGCAGCCAAAAAUGCAGCUGACAUGAUCCUUAUGGAUGAUAACUUUGCCUCAAUUGUCACUGGUGUGGAAGAAGGUCGCUUGAUUUUUGACAACUUGAAGAAGGCAAUCUCGUACACCCUGACAAAGAAUAUAGCUGAGCUCUGUCCCUUUCUCAUCUACAUCAUUGUCAGCUGCCCCCUGCCAAUAGGAACCAUCACCAUCCUCUUCAUUGAUUUGGGUACCGACAUUAUUCCAUCUGUCUCACUGGCCUACGAGAAAGGGGAGACUGACAUCAUGAACAGGAAGCCCCGUCACCCAAAGAGAGACCGCCUGGUGAACUGGCAGCUUGCCCUCUACUCCUACUCUCAGAUCGGUAUCAUUCAGUCUAUAGGAGCGUUCUUCUGUUAUUUCACUGUACUGGCCCAGCAAGGUUUUUUGCCCACACGCCUCAUCAAUAUACGAGUUUCUUGGGAGGAUGAAAAUGACCAGGAUCUGGAAGACAGCUAUGGCCAAGAAUGGACAUACGAGCAGCGCCGGUACCAGGAGUCGGAAUGCUACACCGCCUUUUUCGUUAGUAUUGUCAUUUCUCAACUGGCUGACCUGAUUAUUCGGAAAACAAGAAUGAACUCCAUUUUCCAACAGGGAAUGUGGCGCAACAAGGUCCUCCUUUUUGGUUUGGCCUCCCAAAUCAUCAUUGCUGCUUUCCUGUCCUACUGUCCUGGAAUGUAUGAUGCACUGCGGUUUUGCCCCCUCAGAGUCCAGUACUGGUUUGUGUCUUCACCUUAUGCCAUACUGAUCUGGGUCUAUGAUGAAAUGCGGAAGCUGGCCAUUCGCAGACACCCUGGAAGUUGGUGGGAGAAAAACAUGUACUUUUAGAAAAUCUGGGCCUGUGCUGGUGGAUCCCUGCUUUCACAACCUCUACAGACUGCAGAAGAAAAAUCGCCUUAGUCACCCAAAGAGAGAACCACACCUGCACACCUGCAUUCAUGGAAGAAAUCUGCAGUCCUAAUGCCAGUGUACACUUGAAAUUACAACUAACCUUUGUAAACCUCUGAAAUUGCUUGCUGUGUUGGAGCUAAUGUGUAUAUAAAUUAGAUAAAUAAGUGAAUAAAGAGGUGGAAAAUC